AUGGGCCACUUCCUGUGCAAGAACAGAAGGAAGUGUAUCGAACGAGCCCUGGUGUGUGAUGGUCGCUCUGACUGUUCUGACGGUUCAGAUGAGUUACAGUGUCCUACUUGUCCUCUGCACUGUGACGAGGGGACGGUGUGCCUGACCAGCCGGCAGUUCUGUGAUGGACGAAUGGACUGUAAAGAUGGCUCGGAUGAAAGGAACUGCUAUAAAGCUGGCAAAAAGGCUGCAGGAGCAUCAGCCCUGAAAUGUCCUCUGGGCUUCAAACCAUGUAGAGAUGGAAGCGAGUGCAUUCUUUACAGUCAUUUGUGUGAUGGAGAAAAGGAUUGCAAGGACGGUUCAGAUGAGAAGGGCUGUGAACGGAAAUGUAAAAAAGGCCAGUUUCAGUGUGCUCAUGGGAGGAUGUGCAUAGACAAGAAGCAGGUGUGUGAUGGGACUCCUCAGUGCCAGGAUCGCUCUGAUGAAAUGGACUGCUUUACACGCACCAAGAGCUGCAGCCAUCGCUGUGACGAGAAGACCCGCUGCAUCCCAGAAAGCUUCCUGUGUGAUGGCGAGAGAGACUGUGUAGACGGAACAGAUGAAGCGGAUUGCUCUAUUGACACAGAUAAAGGAGCUCUGAAAUGUGCUGUGGGCUUCAAACCGUGUCGUGAUGGAAGUGAGUGUAUCCUCUACACUCAUCUGUUCCUGUAG